AGCACUGUUUUAUUUUCUCUUUACAUGUAGAAUGAAAACAUUAAUUCCAUGAUAACUUUAUUAAAAUAAGCAUUUCUAUUGGUACCUACAGAAUUAAACCGUUACACUGUAAUCAAAGAUUUGUUUAAGACCAAUGUGACUCUGGCAAAAGUAUGAAAUUUACGAUACUUGUAGGACAAGUAUCCACCCAUCAGUCUCCACUCAUCAGUAUCCAGCCAUCAGUAUCCCCCAUUGGCAUCCACCCAUCAGUAUCCCCCAUCAGUAUCCACCAAACAGUAUCCACCAUCUACAACCACCAAUCAGUAUCCCCCAUCAGUAUCCACCAAACAGUAUCCACCAUCUACAACCACCAAUCAGUAUCCACCCAUCAGCAUCCACCAAACAGUAUCCACCAUCUACAACCACCCAUCAGUCUCCACUCAUCAGUAUCCACCCAUCAGUAUCUCCCCCAUCAGUAUCUCCCCCAUCAGUCUCCACUCAUCAGUAUCCACCCAUCAGUAUCUCCCCCAUCAGUCUCCACUCAUCAGUAUCCACCCAUCAGUAUCCCCCACCAGUAUCCCCCAUUGGCAUCCACCCAUCAUUAUCCCCCAUCAGUAUCCACCCAACAGUAUCCACCAUCUACAACCACCCAUCAGUAUCCACCCAUCAGUAUCCACCCAUCAGUAUCCACCAAUCAGUAUCCACCGGUCAGUAUCCACCCAUCAGUAUCAAUCCAUCAGUAUCCAUCCAUCAGUAUCCACCCUUCAGUAUCUCCCAUCAGUAUCCCCCCAUCAGUAUCCACCCAUCAGUAUCCACCCAUCAGUAUCCACCCAUCAGUAUCCCCCAUCAGUAUCCACCCGUCAGUAUCCACCCAUCAGUAUCCACCCAUCAGUAUCCACCCAUCAGUAUCCCACAUCAGUAUCCACCCGUCAGUAUCCACCAAUCAGUAUCCACCCAUCAGUAUCCUCCCAUCAGUAUCCACCCAACAGUAUCCACCAUCUACAACCACCCAUCAGUAUCCACCCAUCAGUUUUUCCCCCAUCAGUAUACCCCAUUGGCAUCCACCCAUCAGUAUCCCCCAUCAGUAUCCCCCUAUCAGUAUCCACCCAUCAGUAUCUCCCCCAUCAGUAUCCCCCAUCGACAUCCACCCAUUGGCAUCCACCCAUCAGUAUCCCCCAUCAGUAUCCACCCAUCAGUAUCCACCAAUCAAUAUCUCCCUCAUCAGUAUCCCCCUCAUCAGUAUCCCCAAUCAGUAUCCACCCAUCAGUCUCCUCCAUCAGUAUCCCCCUCAUCAGUAUCCCAAAUCAGUAUCCACCCAUCAGUAUCCACCAAUCAGUAUCUCCCUCAUCAGUAUCCCCAAUCAGUAUCCACCUAUCAGUCUCCUCCAUCAGUAUCCCUCUCAUCAGUAUCCCCAAUCAGUAUCCACCCAUCAGUAUUCACCAAUCAGUAUCCCCCAUCAGUAUCUCCCAAUCAGUAUCCACCCAACAGUACCCACCUAUCAGUAUCCACCAAUCACUAUCCCCCAUCAGUAUCUCCCCAAUCAGUAUCCACCCAUCAGUAUCCACCAAUCACUAUCCCCCAUCAGUAUCCACCCAUCAGUAUCAACCUAUCAGUAUCCACCAAUCAGUAUCCCCAAUCAGUAUCAACCCAUCAGUAUCCACCAAUCAGUAUCCCCCAUCAGUAUCUCCCCAAUCAGUAUCCACCCAUCAGUAUCUCCCAAAUCAGUAUCCACCCAACAGUAUCCACCAAUCAGUUUCCCCCAUCAGUAUCUCCCCAAUCAGUAUCCACCCAUCAGUAUCCACCAAUCAGUAUCCAGCCAUCAGUAUCCCCCUUCAGUAUCCACCCAUCAGUAUCUCCCAUCAGUAUCUCCCUUCAGUAUCCACCCAUCAGUAUUUCCCCCAUCAGUAUCCGCCCAUCAGUAUCCAACUUUCAGUAUCCACCAAUCAGUAUCCCCCAUCAGUAUCCACCCAUCAGUAUCCCCCAUCAGUAUCCACCCAUCAGUAUCCCCAAUCAGUAUCCACCCAGCAGUAUCCCCCUUCAGUCUCCACCCAGCAGUAUCCACCAAUCAGUAUCCCCCAUCAGUAUCCACCCAUCAGUAUCCCCCUUCAGUAUCCACCCAUCAGCAUCCACCCAUCAGUAUCUCCCCCAUCAGUAUCUACCCAUCAGUAUCCACUCAUCAGUAUCCACCCAUCAGUAUCCCCCAUCAGUAUCCACCCAGCAGUAUCCCCCUUCAGUCUCCACCCUUCAGUAUCCACCAAUCAGUAUCCCCCAUCAGUAUCCACCCAUCAGUAUCCCCCUUCAGUAUCCACCCAUCAGCAUCCACCCAUCAGUAUCUCCCCCAUCAGUAUCUACCCUUCAGUAUCCACCCAUCAGUAUUGCCCAUCAGUAUCCACCAAUCAGUAUUCCCAAACAGUAUCCACCCAUCAGUAUCUCACCCAUCAGUAUCCAUCCUUCAGUACCUACCCAUCAGUAUCCCCCAUCAGUAUCCACCCAUCAGUAUCCACCCAUCAGUAUCCCCCAUCAGUAUCCCCCAUCAGUAUCCCCCAUCAGCAUCAACUCACCACUAUCCACCCAUCAGUAUCCCUCCAUCAGCAUCCACCCAUCAGUAUCCAUCCAUCAGUAUCCACUCACCACUAUCCACCCAUCAGUAUCCCUCCAUCAGUACCCACCCAUCAGUAUCCAUCUAUCAGUAUCCCUCCAUCAGUAUCCACCCAUCAGUAUCCACCCAGCAGUAUCUCCCCAAUCAGUAUCCACCCAUCAGUAUCCACCUAUCAGUAUCCACCUAUCAGUAUCCCCCAUCAGUAUCUCCCCAAUCAGUAUCCACCCAUCAGUAUCCACCAAUCAGUAUCCCCCAUCAGUAUCUCCCCAAUCAGUAUUUCCCCCAUCAGUAUUUCCCCCAUCAGUAUCUGCCCAUCAGUAUCCACCUUUCAGUUUCCACCAAUCAGUAUCCCCCAUCAGUAUCCACCCAUCAGUAUCCCCAUCAGUAUCCACCCAUCAGUAUCCCCCAUCAGUAUCCACCCAGCAGUAUCCCCCUUCAGUCUCCACCCAUCAGUAUCCACCAAUCAGUAUCCCCCAUCAGUAUCCACCCAUCAGUAUCCCCCUUUAGUAUCCACCCAUCAGUAUCCACCCAUCAGUAUCCACCCAUCAGUAUCUCCCCCAUCAGUAUCUACCCAUCAGUAUCCACCCUUCAGUAUCCACCCAUCAGUAUCCCCCAUCAGUAUGCACCCAUCAGAAUCAAUCCAUCAGUAUCAACCCAUCAGUAUCCACCCUUCAGUAUCCACCCAUCAGUAUCCCCCAUCAGUAUCCACCAAUCAGUAUCCCCCAUCAAUAUCCACCCAUCAGUAUCUCACCCAUCAGUAUCCACCCUUCAGUAUCCACCCAUCAGUAUCCCCCAUCAGUAUCCACCCAUCAGUAUCCCCCAUCAGUAUCCCCCAUCAGUAUCCACCCAUCAGUAUCUCCCACAUCAGUAUCCACCAAUCAGUAUCUCCCCCGUCAGUAUCCCCCAUCUGUAUCCACCCAUCAGUAUCCACCCAUCAGUAUCCCCCAAUCAGUAUCCCCCAUCAGUACCCACCCAUCAGCAUCAACUCACCACUAUCCACCCAUCAGUAUCCCUCCAUCAGCAUCCACCCAUCAGUAUCCACCCAUCAGUAUCCACUCACCACUAUCCACCCAUCAGUAUCCCUCCAUCAGUACCCACCCAUCAGUAUCCAUCUAUCAGUAUCUCUCCAUCAGUAUCCACCCAUCAGUAUCAACCGAAACGUAUCCACCCAUCAGUAUCCACCCAUCAGUAUCCCCCCAUCAGUAUCCACCCAUCAGUAUCCACCCAUCAGUAUCUCCCCAUCAGUAUCCCCCAUCUGUAUCCACCCAUCAAUAUCCCCCCAUCAGUAUCCCCCAUCAGUAUCCCCCCAUCAGUAUCCCUCCAUCAGUACCCACCAAUCAGUAUCCACCUAUCAGUAUCCCUCCAUCAGUAUCCACCAAUCAGUAUCCACCCAUCAGUAUCCCCCAUCAGCAUCAACUCACCACUAUCCACCCAUCAGUAUCUACCAAACAGUAUCCACCAUCUACAACCACCCAUCAGUCUCCACUCAUCAGUAUCCAUCCAUCAGUAUCUCCCCCAUCAGUCUCCAUUCAUCAGUAUCCACCCAUCAGUAUCUCCCCCAUCAGUCUCCACUCAUCAGUAUCCACCCAUCAGUAUCCCCCACCAGUAUCCCCCAUUGGCAUCCACCCAUCAUUAUCCCCCAUCAGUAUCCACCCAACAGUAUCCACCAUCUACAACCACCCAUCAGUAUCCACCCAUCAGUAUCCACCAAUCAGUAUCCACAUAUCAGUAUCAUCCAUCAGUAUCCACUCACCACUAUCCACCCAUCAGUAUCCCUCCAUCAGUACCCACCCAUCAGUAUCCCUCCAUCAGUAUCCACCCAUCAGUAUCAACCUAUCAGUAUCCACCCAUCAAUAUCCACAUAUCAGUCUCCACUCAUCAGUAUCCAUCCAUCAGUAUCUCCCCCAUCAGUCUCCAUUCAUCAGUAUCCACCCAUCAGUAUCUCCCCCAUCAGUCUCCACUCAUCAGUAUCCACCCAUCAGUAUCCCCCACCAGUAUCCCCCAUUGGCAUCCACCCAUCAUUAUCCCCCAUCAGUAUCCACCCAACAGUAUCCACCAUCUACAACCACCCAUCAGUAUCCACCCAUCAGUAUCCACCAAUCAGUAUCCACAUAUCAGUAUCAUCCAUCAGUAUCCACUCACCACUAUCCACCCAUCAGUAUCCCUCCAUCAGUACCCACCCAUCAGUAUCCCUCCAUCAGUAUCCAUCCAUCAGUAUCAACCUAUCAGUAUCCACCCAUCAAUAUCCACAUAUCAGUAUCCACCUAUCAGUAUCCACCCAUCAGUAUCCACCCAUCAGUAUCCCAUAUCAGUAUCCACCCAUCAGUAUCCACUCACCACUAUCCACCCAUCGGUAUCCAUCCAUCAGUAUCCACCCAUCAGUAUCCCCCAUCAGUAUCCACCCAUCUGUAUCUCCCCCAUCAGUAUCCACCAAUCAGUAUCCAUCCAUCAGUAUCCACCCAUCAGUAUCUCCCCCAUCAGUAUCCACCCAUCAGUAUCCCAUAUCAGUAUCCACCCAUCAGUAUCCACCCUUCAGUAUCCUCUCACCACUAUCCACCCAUCGGUAUCCACCCAUCAGGACCCACCUAUCGGUAUCCACCCAUCAGUAUCCCUCCAUCAGCAUCCACUCACCACUAUCCACCCAUCAGUAUCCCUCGAUCAGUACCCACCCAUCAGUAUCCACCUAUCAGUAUCCCUCCAUCAGCAUCCACUCACCACUUUCCACCCAUUAGUAUCCACCCAUCAGUAUCCCUCCAUCAGCAUCCACUCACCACUAUCCACCCACUGGUAUCCAGUUGCUGAUUCAACAGAUUGAAACCUUAGCUCAAGAAAUAGAAAUGGAAAAUCCCUUUCUACAGUACUCAAACAUUAGCAGGGCAGACUAAAGCUCACAUUGGUGCCUCUCAUGAUUGUCUACAGAUGCCAUCCUGAAAGCAGAAAACCAAAAAUAAAUCUUUUGAUUUUUUUCCCCUUUUGGCCAGAUUGAUCAGCCACUGUGACCAAGUCAUUCCCCUCCAUUAAUCACCCAAUGAAUGAAUAUGUUAUCUUUCAUCAGUUUGUGCUCCAGAACCCACCAUGUCAAACCAGGGAGUUAUUACAUCAUAUUAUCAUACAAUUAAUCGUGUCCUCUACUGGGCUAUGUUGGUUGUGGUUAUUAAUGUAUAAUUUAGCAGCCCUUGGGACAAGCAACAGCCCUGGAGCACCACUCCAAGCUCUUUGAAUCAGCAAUCACCAUGACUACUUGGUUAUCAUUGAAUUAAUUUAUCAUUCACAUUACAAUAGACGAGACCAAAAUGGUUGACAGAUUUGUAAUCCAAGAAAUAAUGUUUUUGUGUGAUUGUGAUUUCACUGAGAGUUGGAGAGAUAUAGUUUUGUGUCUAGCUAUGCCAGAAAGGUUGGUAUUAUUCAAUGCUCAGUGAUUUUGGAUAUUGUGCUGUUGCCCCCCCCCAACACACACACACACAGAGCCUGCACGAGGGUACCUUACAUCUACCAGGCCUACGCAGACACACACACACACAGCCUGCACGAGGGUACCUUUUAUCCACCACACACACACACACACAGCCUGCACGAGGGUACCUUAUGUUCACUUCACCAGGCACACACACACACACAGCUUGCACGAGGGUACCUUAUAUCCAACACACACACACACACAGAGCCUUCACGAGGGUACCUUACAUCUUACAGGCCUACACACGCGCGCACACACACACAGCCUGCAUUAGGGUACCUUAUAUCCACCACACACACACACACACACACACACACACAGCCUGCACGAGGGUACCUUACAUCUACCAGGCCUACGCACGCGCGC